GCUCAACGCGAAGCAGGGAGCAGAAAGCAGAAGUGAAGGCAGUGUUGCCAGCUUGGAUCGUGUUUUGGGAGCGCGCGCGAGCGGGAGUUUCGAAACUUUUACACGUGGAAUUUCGUUGCUAGCGGGAAACAAUGUUGCACAUUUUCGAUUUACAUUGCACCGGCUGACCCGUGAACAGUGCGUCGUUCGAGAAUCGAAGCUGAAUCAACACAGAGAGAAAAGGAGUGAGAAAGUGAAUGAAACUGCUGUAGUGGAUGAAACGUUGCUGGAUUAGAAGAGCAUUAUCGGAUCAUGGCAUGCUAUGCUGGUCAGCUUGUUCGAACCCAUUUUCGAAAGUGAUUCCAGAACAAUGAAGUGCAAACAGAGGGUUAAAAGUACACACAAGCAAGUUUAAAUAAUGCAAAGUUUACAGAUGAUGCUCAUCGACACCGACGGAGCAAGAGUGAGCAAACGGCUGAAACGAUACGGAUAUGACUAGUUGAGCGAGGUGUCGUAUCGAAAGUGUUCCGACCAGAGGAAAAAGGCAUAAAUAUUGGCCGGAAGUGUGCGCGCUGAAGUCGUGUAAACGAUGAAACAAACCCAUCUAUUAGUGAAAGUGACAAAUUUCGCGCUGGCACUGGUGCUGGUGCUGCCACCGGUGGCGCGCCACGGAACUACGAUGACAGUUGGAGUGGCGGCAGCGCCGCCCGCCGGAGGUGAGCCUCCGGAGGAGUUUCUUCCGUCGGCCAAUGCGAUCGUUGGAGCGGCCACCGGUUCCGGAAAGGGGCUUCAAAAAGAUUCCGACGUCCGCAACGAGACCUUCAAGUCCAGCUGGACCCGGAACGGCAGCAUCGCGCCGUCCCACUCGAAGCACUCGGGCCUGUUUCCGUCGGUCGUGAUACGCCGGUACGAGUUCACCGGGGAAGAUACCGCCGAGCGGAUCCAGAUUGUUUUCUCCGAAUUUCGGUUGCCCUCCAAGCUGGAGCCGAACGAGUGCGGCGAGAUGGACAUUUUGCUGAUUUACUUCAAAGUGGACGGUCGAGACGAGGUCGUGGAGACGCUCUGCGGGGACACACUGCCCAAGCCAAUCCUGUCCAACGGGCCCUGGCUGAUGCUGGAGUUCCGGAGUACCUACAACAACACCGAGAACAAGGGAUUCACGGCGGAUUUCUCCUUUGUGACAAAUUACGGCGUCACCACGGGCUACCAGCCCAACAAGACGGACUGCACGUUUCACUACUUCAAGAACGCCUCCAGCCAGGGCUGGAUCCAGUCGCCCAACUUCCCGGGGGCCUACCCAAGGAACAUCCGGUGCAAUUACUUUUUCUACGGGGAUCCACUCGAUUAUGUGCUGAUCCGGUUCACCUACUUUGACAUCGAGGGAAUUCUGCCUUGCGACGAAAACUCGGCCAGCGACACGGUCGAAUUUUCCAACUUUGUGACGCGGGACCGCAAGUUUGGCCUCUACUGUGGCGCCCGCCGCGACCUCAUUGUGCGCUCGGACGGGCGCUUCUUCCGGGUGACGCUGGCCACGAACGACCGGCUGGACGGGACCGGCUUCCGGGCGCUGUACGCCUUCGAGAGUACGAUCGCGGCCUCGAUGGCCCAGGGACCGGGCAGUGGCGUCGGCGGGGUUGGGCUCGUCGGGGUGGUGGGCGCGGCCGGAGUGCCCUAUCUGUCGCACCAUCAGUACCACCAGAUUGCGACGACGGAGCGCAGUGCGGCCACCGUGUCCAAGAUGGGCAAGAGUGGAGCGGGGAGCAGGAGGAAAGAAAUCUGCUCGAAUGCCGCGUGCUGGUUUUGGUUAGUUUUUGUUGCAGCCACGGCUCUAAACCGAUCACAGCUAGCCAUGGUGACGACGACGGCGAUGGCCACGUGGUUGUUGAUCAUCUAGCAGCCCCAUGCUGGACGGUUGCUUUGAUUGCAUCGCGGCAUUGUGUCAUCGAUACCGAGGGGGUCGAACUGGACCCCAUCGCUCGAGGGGACUUUCAUAUCGUGCUGAAUGUUGAGUGUGAUAAAAAAAAGUGGAAAUAAAAGAAUAAAUCUAGA